AUGGCGCAAGAUGCCCCUGAAGACACUGCAGGCCCAUCCUCUCCUCCGCCUCAACUGCCCGAAGGCUGGCUCCCACAGUGGGAGGGCGUUCAGCGCAAGUGGUAUUAUGUCCAACGAGCGACCGGGAAAUCGCAAUGGGACAUUCCAACCGAACCGGUCGUUCUGACUCCGUCCACCACACCGACAUCCAUCGGGACGGGCCCCUCGCAAGCUCCGCCCUCGCGGCCAUCAACCAACAGCCCUCGGGUGACAACGACGGGGAAUACACUGGUAGAGCGGAUGGAGUCGGUGGCGGACGGUGCGAAAAUUUCCAGCUCCCUAAGCUCCGAGCUCAAUGGACAACCGGGCGCUUCCAUGCAGGGGUCUUUGGGGGCUUUAGGAUGGCACCCGAACCAGAUCUCCCAGAAUGGGCCUAGGGCCUACGCCCAGCACUUUUCACCCGGUAAUGGGGGUUAUGGACCGGAUCAAUCACAUCAAACCGUCUCGGGAAACGUGGCUCCUGGAGCAGCAACUGUUUUCCCCAGCCAUGGACAACCUUUGGUGCAGAGUCACCAACAGCCAACCUGGGGCAACCAUACCCAGAUUACGCAGGCACACCCAAGUGGACCUAGUGCAAGUCAUAGUGCGGAGAGUUAUCGGCGCUUUGGGGACUCGCAGCAAGCAUGUCAUAUGUCGGCAUAUCCAUCCUCGAUAGAUUACCCAGAGAACCAGCUUCCUCGUCUUAGCACCUUUCUUCCACCCCAGCCGAAGUGGCAACUUGAAGAACAUCAUGCCAAUCCGCGUCAUGCUCCUGAAAUUCCGUCUGGCAACUAUGCCUCCUCAACCUUGUCUCAGCCAUAUUUCAACUCCUAUACUACUCCACAAACUACUGUACAGUCUCCGCCAAACUUUGCGUCAAGCUCCACACAAUCCUCCAAUCCCUCGCAUCCGGGCAGCGCCUUCAGUGGCAGUCAAGAGGGACUGCAACACCCUCAAAGCACUUUUUCGGCGCAUUCUCAUGCCAGUACGGACCAAGCUAAUGUUCCGGCGGAACAUCCUUUGUCCCAAUCGCAUUCCCACCAAAGUUUUGGCUUCCAACAAGAUCCGCAAACAUCCUUGCGAGGGUACCCGCCCCAGUCAUUGAAUGACCAAGGUUCUUAUCAGAGCACCAGUAUGUCGCGGACGCACUCAGGUGCGGGCUUCAACUCGAUGGUAUUGCUCACAACCCCUGAAUUCCAUGGGGGCGCCCGGUAUUAUCAGAAUCCUCUUAUCCAGACCGGUAUCCACCAGUAUUUGCCCCCACAGCCUGAGAUCGGCACUCUCAAUACAACAUCGGUGCAUACUGGAACGGAGUAUCAUCCGCGGGGUGGCCAGCUAUCUGGCUACCAAGGCCAGUGGACGAAUUCAGCUGGUGGCUCGCGCAUUGCGGCCUCUGAUGCCCAAUUUGUAAGCGGUCCCUGGGCGUCCUCAACGCCGCCAACAUCUGGACCACCCACACAAUCUCACUACGGCUGA